AUGACAGCCAGCGAGUUGUGGUGGAAAGGUCCCAGCUUUCUGUGCGAGACGGCCGACAGAUGGCCUGCAAGACUGGGCUUCUUGAAGAACUUCGACAAAAGUGAAGAUCGACGAACGAAAUGUGUCGUGAAGAACACCCAGGUGAAGACGAUGGACGAGGACUGCCGCUUGCAGUCUUCUCGCUUCUCAACCUCGAAGAAGUUGCUGCGAAUCACUGGUUACGUGCUCAGGUUCGUGGCAAAUCUGAAGCGACGGUCAGGCCAUGAGCAUCAGAAGACCUCAAGCGCUUCAUCUGUACCUCCGCUGGACCCUUCAGAGGUGAAGACUGCAGAAGUAUUCUGGAUUAAGCAGGCUCAAAGUGAGUUUGAACCGGAAAGGCAGCAGCUCAUCACUCGGCGGGAAAACUCAAGUCAGAUAAAGCUGAAGGACAGUAGCAUCAGGCGACUGUCACCGUUCAUUGAUGAAGAUGGCAUCAUUCGUGUUGGCGGUCGUAUGCAGCGGUCAGACUUACCAUUUGAAGCCAAACACCCGGCGCUACUACCCAAGCGGCAUGAUGUAACGCGUCUCAUCGUUGGACAGACACACAAGGACGGAGACCACGAGAUGGGAGUGGAGCACACCGUGUCUCAGCUGAGACAGCAGUUCUGGAUAGUCGCUGCCAGAGAGACGGUGAAGCGUGCCAUACGCACCUGUCCAGAGUGCGUGAGAAGACGGAGCCCGCCAGUGGUGCAGAAGAUGGGCUCGAAGCUGCAGUGUCACGUGCAGCCGACCUACCCAGCAUUUAAACACAUAACAGUGGAUUUUGCUGGACCAUUCGAGACCCGACAAGGACGCGGAAAAACAAGACAGAACCGCUACCUGUGCUUGUUCUACUGCUUACACACGAAGGCCAUUCAUUUAGAGAUGGCAUAUGGCCUAGACACAGACAGCUUUCUUCGCGCCUUCAUGCGAUUCAUCGCGAGAAGAGGAAAGCCGAGCCAUGUGACAUCCGACAAUGCCACCAACUUCGUGGGCGCCGACAGGGAGAUACGCCGACUUCUACGUCAGCUGGAGGAAGAUGAAAUCCAGGACAAGACGGCACAUCUCUACAUCAAGUGGCAAUUCAUCCCUCCCGGAGCACCACACUUCAAUGGCGGCUGUGAAGCUAUGGUGAAGUUCGCUAAAACAGCGCUGCGCAAAACGCUACAAAGCGCUGAUCUGACUGAUGAAGAGCUGCAGACUGCCUUCUGUCGUGCUGAGGCGCUGCUGAACACUCGGCCGAUAACAGUGGUCUCGUCCGACCCAUCAGAUGACCCUCCGCUGACUUCAGCUUCAUGA